AAUGAACCUCGUUUUUAACUGCGUGGGUGUGCGUGCCACAAAUAAGCGUUCAGUCGUUCCCGCCUCUCUGACGCGCGCGGCACCGAUCAGCUGCGCGUUAAAACACUUCCAUACAUGCACUUACUGUUCUCCGAAGAGUCCGCUGGAGCGCAUUUCUCUCUCGUCGGGUUCAUAGCUUUGAGGGUAGAACAAGAUGACAGGUUCUCCAUCUUUGUUGUUCAGUCUGACUGAAUUGGCUGUGGUUAUUUCUUUGGCCUAUAGUGGUGCAUCCAUCACAAACAAUCAAGAUGACUGCCACUUAACGCAUAUAAAAGUUCCAGUGAUCCUGGACCAAGGCACAGUGAGGCUUCAAAGCCCAGAAUUCACUGCUGACAACUUUAGUGAGCCAGGAGUGUUGUGUGGGAUUGAGUGCCAAAGAAAGCUGCCAAAACCGAGGCCUGCUGAGCUGGAACGACUACUAUCUUAUGAAACCGUCUACGAGAACGGAACACGUACAUUCACCAAAAUAAAAUUGGAAGAGACCGCCGAAUUAAAAAACGCAUCCUCUUCCAUUGUCUGCCAGGCAGGACACCUUAAACGCAGAAAACGGCAGGUAUACGGCAUGGACGGCCGCUUUGUGAUCACAGAUAAACACUUCAUCACCAAAUAUCCCUUUUCUGCCUCAGUGAAGCUCUCUACGGGUUGCUCAGGCAUCUUGGUUUCUCCAAAACACGUACUGACUUCUGCCCACUGUGUCCAUGAUGGCCAGGUCUAUCUGAAAGGGACCAAGAGGCUGCGAGUGGGUGUCAUGAAGCUCCACUCCAAACGCAGGGGAGGAGGCCAACGAGGAGACAGGAGGAGAGGAAGCGAAGUAGCCACUGAAGGAGAACUACUUCAUAGAGAAAGAGAACACAGGAGGAAAAGGAAGAACCGUAUUAGACGUGACACAGAUUCAGAUCGGUCCAGACAGCCGGUGUUCAGGUGGACACGUGUCAAACGAACACAAGUUCCAACGGGAUGGAUGAGGAGAGCAGGCAGGGAGGUCUCGGCUGAUUAUGAUUACGCCCUUCUGGAGCUGAAAAGACCCCAAAAGAUGAAGUUCAUGGAGUUAGGCAUUGUUCCUGUAGUGAAGGACAUCCCGGCUGGAAGAAUCCACUUCUCUGGUUUCGACAAUGACCAAUUAGGGAAAGUGGUCUACCGCUUCUGUUCGGUCUUAGAGGAAUCGAAUGACCUCAUGUACCAGUACUGUGAUGCGCAGAAGGGGUCUAGUGGAGCCGGGGUGUACGUGAGGCUACGAGAUCAGGGAGGAAAAGGGAAGUGGAAGAGGAAGUUAAUUGGUGUGUUUUCUGGACACCAGUUGGUGGAGGUUGAUGGGAUGGAGAAGGACUAUAAUGUGGCGGUCAGAAUAACACCUGCCAAGUACGCCCAGAUAUGCCACUGGAUCAAUGGAGAUGCUAGUCAGUGUAAACUGAGCUGAGAAAGGUCAACAAGUCCUCAAGACUGCUGAGACAGUCGAGAUGCAAACUUCAAAACUGGUCCUUUUUGUGACCCAAUGGAAAAUCCAUG